AAAAGAGGAAUAGGUUUCAGCUAAGUCUCUCUACAUCAAGCAGUUCGAACACUGGGCACCUCCUUAUGAAAAGCUAACUUCAAGAUCCUUGUGUAUCGAAAAAGAAAUUUUAAUUGAUUUGAUAACUAACACCGUGUCCAUUUACGGACAGGAUUAAGACAUCUUCACAGCUUGGUGCCAACACACAAUCUGCCACCCUAUAAAAUUGCUUUGAAACAUCACGCUGAACAUAAUGAAUGCUACAAAAAUGUUAAUGGAGAGUCAGUGUACUCUUGUUGCUGACAGCAUUCAGAGACAUAUAGUGGGAGGCCUAUACACAAUAAUAUUUUUGAUAGGAGUCAUUAGUAAUAUCGCAACAAUAUGGGCCUUCAAACAAGCUGAUAAUUCUGCAACCUUCAUCUACAUGAAAAAUUUGACUGCUUCUGAUUUACUUCUCUCCUGCAGUCUUCUCUUUCGAGCCAUAUAUUACUUAAAGAGUGAUUCGUGGGGCCGUAAGGAUUUUGCAUGCAUUUUAACAUCAUUUGUAACAAUUUCAGUUUUCUAUGUCAAUAUGUACUGCAGCAUACUUUUCUUGCUGUGGACUAGCAUCAGCAGAUAUGCAAUAGUAGCAAGACCCAGAUUUGUCCUUCUGUGCUAUUUUAUCAAACCUAAAGUGAUCAUACUUGUAUGUGUUUUUACUUGGAUUGUACCAGCAAUGUGUAUUUUACCUUUACUACUAUCGUACUUUGCAGUCAGUUCAAUGGUAACUGCAGAAUCUUGCUAUGAUCUGAUCAUUAACAAGACAGGAAGAUUCUUUAAGAAUCCUCACAUUCUUGGUGCAGCCUUCUUUUUUCUAACAUUAUUACUCUUGAUUGUUUUUUACAUGAUGUUGGCUUACCAUCUUCAUCAAAUCAAGAAGAACAGUAUGGUAGCCAAAAGUCAGGCCAGUAACUUAAAAGUCCACAGAAAAUUUUUUGCAUCCAUCAUUUUAUUCAUUGUCUGCUUUGUGCCAUAUCAUGUUCAACGAGUUAUAAUUGUUGCAUCUGAGGAUGUAAACUGCCAAUGGCAGGAGAAACUGAACAACGUGAAGAGUGGUGUGAUUCUACUUGCUGCUCUAAGUUGUUGCAUUCAUCCACUACUACAUUUAUGCUUUCUUUCAAAGUUUUGCAAAUCAAAGUGUACUCAGAGGAAAAUAAGCUACACUGACAAUACCAAUGGACAAACACGACUUCAGAAGACAAAACUAGGCUGUGAAUAAAACUCAACUUUC